AUGUCUUUUCUGAACCGGUCUCUCACGUCCUCGGACAGCAAUGGUAACCUCCCCACCCCGCCCAGCCCCCAGCGUCCGACAUGUUUUGACAUCGUAUUGAACAGCAACGAGCCCGCUCCGCCCAACGUCGCAGAAGCAGACAAGCCUCACCCCCCCGUCCCUCCAACCACACCCCCCGCCCACUCCCAACCCACCACUCGCCAACCCCGCCGCCGACAAACGACCAAGCGCGAACACGACCCGACCCGGUGCCGAGACAAGGGCUGCGCCCUCUCGGUCCCGGAGCAGGUGGCCGGCAACAUCCGCUGCGCCCCGUGCCUAGCCUCGCCGCCGUCCGGCUCGGAGAAGCGGAUCGCGCGCCGCGCCGCGGGCGACAUGUGCACGACCCUGGGCUGCGUGCUGUCGGCGGCGGAGCAGGCCGCCGGGUUUGCCACGUGCGCCGCCUGCCGGGCCAUGAAGGGCUGCGGCCGCAUGCGCCAGCGGGGACUGUACGCGGCGCAGGGCCGCUGCAGGACCCGCGGCUGUCCCCUGGGGCCUGAGGACCGCGGUUACGUCCAGUGCGCCUCUUGCAGGAAGGUGGGGAUGCAGCGCCUUCGAAUGUGGAAAAAGGUCGGAAAGGUGAGGAGCGGGGCGGGGGGUGCGGCGUCUUCGUGA